GUCCACACCCCCUUCCGCUUCAACAGCCGUGUUUUUUUCUCUCUCUCUUUCUUUCUUUGAACAGACACAAAUAAAACAGCUUCGGCUGCACUUUUAAUUAAGCGACGCGACAAUACGGGCAGGUCAGUGUGUUGUUCUCUGAAGGCCGCGGAUUGUCUCCUCACAUCGCCAUUUUUCAGCCGCCUGACGGCUCGGAGCGGAGAUGGACUCCGACUACUCGUCCGGCUUGGAGAACCCGCUGUACGGCGAGCUCAAGUACUUCUGCAGGAAGAUCCAGGAGGCCUACAACGAGCUGAAGGAGGACCUGACACCGUACAGGGAUGAUCGCUUUUAUAGGCUGGCCCCCAUGCGGCUCUACACUUUGUCUAAAAGGCACUUUGUGUUGGUGUUUGUGGUCUUCCUCAUCUGCUUCGGCCUCACAGUCUUCAUUGGGAUUGCAGGUCCUAGGAUUAUUGCUGAACAAGAGUACAAUGACACCCAGUUCCUUGUAAAGAAUACUUCCGUUAAAACUGGGCCCUUCAAUUUAGUUUCUGCUCCCCUCACCACCUACAACCAGCAGCUAUGGCUCACCUGUGUGAUGCAGGCUCAAAACAGCAAUAUGGGGGACUUCCAGCAGCCCUUUGAAAUCAGCGUAGAGCUUAAAGGAGUGAUGCAAGACGCCAGCGUGACACACAUCAACAAAGUGCAGAAGUCACGGACUUUACACUGCGGAGCGAAAUGUGAUGAGAUCAUUGUGCUGCAUCUCGGCUACCUGAACUACACCCGGUAUCAGGUUUCUGUCAGCUUCAAAGGCCUCGAAAAUAUCACGUAUGAAAUCAAGGUUAAGUUUGUGUGGAAAACGUACAAUCCGACAUUCUCACAAGUGGAAAUCUGGUUCCGGUUCGUCUUUGUGGUGUUGACCUUUAUGGUGACGUGUAUGUUUGCUCAUUCACUGAGGAAAUUUUCUAUGAGGGACUGGGGAAUAGAACAGAAAUGGAUGUCUAUUCUUCUUCCUUUGCUGUUACUCUACAACGAUCCGUUUUUCCCGCUGUCAUUCCUGGUGAACAGCUGGUUUCCGGGGACGUUGGAUGCUUUCUUUCAGGCUCUCUUCCUGUGUGCUCUGCUGCUCUUCUGGCUCUGCGUCUACCACGGCAUCAGGGUUCAGGGCGAGAGGAAAUUCCUGACGUUCUACCUGCCCAAGCUGAUCAUCGUAGGUCUGCUGUGGCUCUCAGCGGUUACGCUUGGCAUAUGGCAAACAGUUAAUGAACUCCAGGAUCCAACUUAUCUGUACAAAAUGGAUAUAGCAAACUUUCAGGGUAUGAAGGUGUUUUUCCUGAUUGUCGUCUCCUUCUACAUCCUCUACCUGAUAUUCCUGAUCGUCAGAGCUUGUUCUGAACUCAAGAACAUGCCUUACUCAGAUCUCCGGCUGAAGUUUUUGACAGCACUGACUUUUGUCGUCCUCGUCAUAAGCAUGGUCAUUCUCUACCUGAGGUUUGGUGCCAAGGCUCUUCAAGACAAUUUUGUGGCUGAAUUGUCUACUCAUUACCAAAACUCAGCUGAAUUUUUAUCCUUCUAUGGCCUGCUCAACUUCUACUUGUACACAUUAGCAUUUGUGUAUUCUCCCUCCAAAAAUGCCCUUUAUGACUCCCAGCUGAAAGAUAAUCCAGCGUUCUCCAUGCUAAACGACUCGGAUGACGAAGUGAUAUACGGGAGUGAUUAUGAAGACAUGCCUUUACAAAACGGACGUGCCAUCAAAGCAACCGCCAAGUACCAGGAUGAGACUGACAGCGACUGACGUGUCCUCCCUCCUGUGUAAAAUCUGUCGCAACGAAGCAUCGUGUGCAAGUACGGUGCACUGGCAUUGGUAGUGUAAAAUGAUAUACUGGAAGUGUACAUAAAUAUAUUUUUAAAAAAAGACGAAUUCCAUGUCUACUGAAUGUACUGUACUUUUGAAAGGUGAGGUAUGUAGCCACUCAUUGAAAACAAGAAAACAAACACUGACGUAAACCACUAAAGGUUUUACCAUUUUGUAAACCAGCAUUUCUUCACAACCUGAUGAUAAACAAUUACCAGGGAAAGUGCUAAUAUUCAUUUGGGAUUUAUGCGUGGGAUCCUCGUAUUUAAUGCUUUCUGUUGAACCACUGUUUUUUCACUGCAUACUUUUGUUAUUUGUGCCAUUCCAUUCUGCUCUCUGACAGUCUGAGAAUAAUGAGAAUUCAUUUUUUGUGGCCAAAGCUGAGUAACACAGCAGGAAUGGUAAAAGAAACUCCAACUGGAAGAGCUGCAAGUAAACUAACUGCACGUAUUACCAGUCACAUGAUUCCUGAACAGGGUAUCUGUUGAUAAAUCCAUUGUCCUCAGACAUUGAAAAAUACAGAGAGAGCCUUAACCGAAGUAACAGUCCUCUUACGGAUUCUUUUUUUUUUUUGUAAGCUUUGUAAUUGCACUUUUCAAGAAUUUUUAUUUUGCCAAAAAGUGAUAACAUUUGAUACUGUAUUAUCUGACUACAUGGAUGGAUGGAUUUGGAUCAUUUGUAUGAAUUUUCUCACAACUUUAUGUUGUUUGAUUACUGAGCUGUCGUGAACAUUUCUUUACCCAGCAUGUACUUUUUCCCAUACCUUUGUUGAACAUGCUAUGUUCAGUAAUCAUUUCCCCCCCAUAGCUUUGCUUAAAAUGAGGUAAUUGUUGCAGUUUUGUUUUAUAAAACCAGAGCUAAUGGACAACAACAGCCAAAACGAAUAUAUCUCUGUUCUCUACAAGUAUGUAUUUUAAUCAAGAUGGUGCCUUGUCUUCACAUUACUCUGUUUUCUUCUAACUGGGCUGUAAUCUCAUGUUUGUAAAUGCUUUGACAUAAAUGUACAUGUUCGAUUCUUUCCGUGUGAAUGAAGCUUAUGUUGGUUUAAGGUGGUGAAAUGAGAUUGCUUUUGAAAUGUGUUAAAGUACCCGCAAAAUUUUGUUGCUUUAUGAGAUAAAUGCUGUACAUGUAGCAGUAUCAUGCGGCGUGUAAAUAAAGCAAAGCAUAUACAGCUUA